AUGGAAGCUAGAGUAAUUUCUUGCACUACUUUUGGAGACAACAAGGUCGUGAAGAUUGCUGUUCUGAAUCAUCAAGCAAUUACCAAAUACAAAGCCGGAGAAAACGAAACGACGGUUGUUGUUUCCGAUGAUACAUGCCCGGAGAAAGAUGUCAAAGAGAUUAAGAAAUUCUGUGAGAAGCUCGGUUACGUUUACGAAGGCAGACUUAGCGAAGAGUACACUCAAACCAACACUGGACCCGAUGAUGAUUGGAUUACUAAUGGCUUUGAGUCAGAUGAUGACGUUGAUCCUUCUAUCAAGACUAUUGGAUUUAACUAUCCUCAUGUCAAUAGACGAAAUAAAUUACCUGAUCCGGUUGAAAAAGAGAAAAGUGUUAGCCUUUGGUCAAUGAUCAAAGACAACAUUGGCAAGGAUCUUACUAAAGUUUGUCUUCCUGUUUACUUCAAUGAGCCACUAUCCUCUCUACAAAAAUGCUUUGAAGAUUUGGAGUAUUCAUAUCUUCUUGAUCAAGCUUCUGAAUGGGGAAAAAGGGGCAAUAACCUUAUGAGGAUUUUGAAUGUAGCUGCAUUUGCUGUAUCUGGUUAUGCAUCAACUAAAGGAAGAAUUUGCAAACCCUUUAAUCCAAUGUUAGGGGAAACAUACGAGGCUGAUUAUCCCGAUAAAGGCCUUCGAUUUUUCUCGGAAAAGGUAAGUCAUCAUCCUAUGAUUGUGGCAUGUCAUUGUGAUGGCACCGGAUGGAAAUUUUGGGGAGAUAGCAAUUUAAAAAGCAAAUUUUGGGGUCGAUCAAUUCAGCUCGAUCCUAUCGGUUUGUUGACUUUACAAUUUGAUGAUGGUGAAAUUGUGCAAUGGAGUAAGGUGACUACAUCAAUAUACAAUCUCAUACUUGGUAAAUUGUAUUGUGAUCAUUAUGGGACUAUGCUGAUUGAAGGUAACGGUGAAUACUCAUGUAAACUUAAAUUCAAGAAACAGUCGAUGAUGGAUAGAAAUCCGCAUCAAGUUCAAGGUAUAGUAGAAGACAAGAAUGGAAAAACAGUGGCUAAGUUGUUUGGAAAAUGGGAUGAGAGUAUGUACUAUGUGAUGGUCAAUCAAGGAAAGGAGAGUGAAUCUCAUCUUUUGUGGAAACGAAACAAACCUCUCGAAAACCCUACAAAGUACAAUCUUACACGGUUUGGGAUCACAUUAAACGAGCUCACGCCUGAUUUAAAGGAAAUGUUGCCACCAACAGAUUCCAGACUUAGACCGGACCAAAGGUAUUUGGAAAAAGGAGAGUUUGAAAUGGGAAACAGAGAGAAGUUGAGGUUAGAACAAAGGCAAAGACAGGCGAGAGAGAAACAAGAGAGAGGCUGGAAACCAACGUGGUUUAGUAAAGAGAAAGGAAGUGAGACUUAUAGAUACAUUGGAGGUUAUUGGGAGGCUCGAGAUUCUGGUCGCUGGGAUGAUUGUCCUGACAUCUUUGGUCAAGUUCACUGA